AUGCAAGAAAGGAUGAACAUAUUUAACUCAUGGAAACACAAUAUCAAAAAAAUCUGCGAUCUGCUUGUAUUGGAAAAAGAAGAUUUCAAAACUAUGGACUUGACACUUUACAGCUUAUCGACUAAGGAGGAUUUUGUUUCUUCUAGUGAACUCGGCCUCUUCCGUAAUUAUGGCCUUCCACUUGUGUUUGAGGUAAAACAAAAGCCCAAAUUCUCAUUUGAUCCCCUGAUUUGUUGUUUUCUUGGUGUGGCUCAGGUUGUAGCAGGAGUUCUGAUAUGUGAACUGACAGCUGGUUCCAUGUCCUCAUUUGGUCCUGGUUUGAUCUCAGAAGGUGUGUCUGAUAUAAUCAGUGGUAUUAUGGGAAUGAUAAAUGGCAAUUUUGACUGGGCAUCAUGGGCGAUGUCUAAAGCAAUCAUUAUACAAAAUUCUUUGGCCUGUUAUGGAUUUAGUGUGCUCAAAAGAUCACUCUCCUCAGUGACAAAUGCAGCAAAUAGUAUCUUCAAUGGCAGCAAGUCACUAAAACAUACUGCAUGGCUUGCCUACCAUUCAGGAAGGAAGCUAUUCCUGUCCCCAACAGUCAAGUCAUUAACAUCAUCAGUUUGCAUAAAAAACAUCACAUUGAAUGCAGCCAAACUGAACUUAAAAAAAACAAGUGUGUAUGCUGUUAAGCAACUGGCUUUUCACGGAGUAAACACUGCUUUGAACAACAUUGAUGCUAAAGCUUUCAAACGAGAAUUUCAACUUAUUUUCAAACAAUCUAUCUAUUCAGCACUGCACCAGAAUGCACAAUUCGUUCGAAUGCUUUUAGAUUUUAUCAGCUCAGGAAUCCCAAAGGCAGCCGUAAAUAAAAAGACAGGCUACAAGAUUAGCAAAACCUUGGAGAAACAAAUUAUUGAAUCUGUUGAUCAGACUACAAGACUUAGCAUCCAAGGUCUUAUAAUAAACUGUAACCAAAUAAAAAAUACCAUUAAAAAACUGUCAAAUUUAUGGGACAAUUCAGCAAAGUUUAUUGCACACCGACCUCAUACCUGCAUCAAGAGACUUCUGAGUGCUGCAAGCAUGUCCACUACCAUUUAUGAAAUGUACUCCUCCAUUCCUACUAAACAGACCAUUGACUGUAAUUUUGUUCCUGCAUUUUUGAAGUCUAUGCAAGAGGAAGCUUUAUUUGAGACAUAUGACCAUGAUGGAAGGGACAAACUGUUGGAUGUGGAACGUCUUAAAGAUGAUCUUAUUGACUUAGUUUCAGAAGUUAUUUCCCAAACCAUGGUGGAGAGUUUUUCUGGGUCUGCCACCUCCUUGUUUACAAAAACAUUUACUCAACAACUAAACUCUGUUACUGGAAAUGUACUUGGCAAUUUGAAGCACAAAACCCAAAGUUUCUUUGUGACUCAGCAGCAUUGUCAUGGUCGGAAAUCAGCCACUGAAUGCAAGAAAAGAUCUAUGAGUAAAAGAGACCUAAGUGAGCUCACAAGUUAUGCUAAUAAUAUAGCUGAUUAUCAACAGCCAGCAACAGCAUUAGAAGCCCAUAUCCUCACAAAGAGUAGCUUGUUGGGAGGAAAAGGAAUCUGUAUAACUGUACCAGAUGCUCGAGGACGUCUUGCAGAGAAGACUUUCCCAGGAACUGACCCAGUAGCUGGUACUAUCAAACUCUAUUUUACAAAAACACCUCUGACUUCUCAAGGAAAUGACUCAAAGUUGAACAAACUGAAACUUUACAGUAAUCCUGAAGAUGUCCCACAGAGUGGUCACAUUGAUAUUGUUCGUCCUGACGGAUCACGAGAAACUGUGAACUGUCUUUUUCAUGCUGUCAUCCAAGCAACAACUGAUGACCCGAGCAAUGUUGUGCUACAAAAAGUUAAAGAGCUCCAUAGGAAUGUUGGUGAGGAGGUAAGGAAAAACAUGCCAUAUAUUUAUGUUCAAGUUUAGUUGCAAGACUUUGGUUGGCUGGCUUAGCAUCUAUUCAAUACAUUCAUUCAUUCAUUCAUUCAUUCAUUCAUUCAUUCAUUCAUUCAUUCAUUUUCUACCG